AUGGAGAUGAUUGUGAAGGUGGGUCCAUAUGGGAAAAGACAAGGCAAUUUAUGGAAUGACAAAGGCCAGAGCAUGCUAACCAAUAUCUUCAUAUCCUAUGACACUAUAAGGAUAAAAUCCAUACAAACUGCAUACAUGCUGGGUGGGAAAUUGCAACUAUCCGAUAAACAUGGUGGAGAUGGAGUUAUGUUCAAAACGGUUGAGAUAGAUUAUCCCUCUGAGUUUCUUAUUGGAAUUACUGGUUACACCUCUGCUGAUGGCUUGACUGAUGAUAGCGUGGACGUAAUUAACUCUUUGACGUUUGAAACCAACAGGAGAAAGUUUGGGCCGUUUGGGCCAGAGGUGCCUGCUUCUCUUCUGAAUAAGAGACUCCAAAAUCUUCUCUAUAUGGAUCCCAAAAAUGGAAUGGAGAUGAUGGUAAAGUUUGGUCCUCGUGGGUGGGGUGGAUUGGGCACUCACUGGGAUGACAAAGGCCAAAGCAUGCUAACCCAGAUCUUCAUUUCCUAUGACAGUAAAAGGGUAUAUUCCAUACAGACUGCUUACAUGCUGGAUGGGAAAUUGCAAUUAUCCAAUAAACAUGGCGGAGAUGGAGAUAUGUUCAAAACGGUUGAGAUAGAUUAUCCUUCUGAGUUUCUUACUGGUAUUAGUGGUUACAAAGAUUCUCUCUUCAGUGAUUAUAUGGUUAAGUCAUUGACGUUUGAAACCAACCGGAGAAAGUUUGGGCCGUUUGGGCAAGAGGAAGGCACGCACUUCUGCAUUGAGUUGGGAAGUAAGCGAUUCUUUGGAGGAUUUCAUGGAACUUCGGACUCAAACUAUCUCUUAUCGAUUGGAGUUUAUGUGAAACCUAUCAAUCCGUCGGAGGAAGAGACUAAAAUACAAAGUACAGUACCAAUUAAAGCCCGUCGUUAA